UGAAGUGAAAUCUCAAGUGUUUGAAAUUGUUAUGAAUUUUCAACGAUUAUUUCAAGACUUUAACUCGAGCAAAUUUGUUGUCUACUUAUGUCUGCUGUUAUUCUCAAUGCUGUUUGCAUUACGAGUGGACAACACGAUUGUCAUCUCGUAUUGGCUGGUAUUCACCCCAUUAUGGCUGUGGAAGUGUUUGGUGAUCGUCGGAGCACUCAUUGGAACCGUUGUGUGGAUCCGUAACCCAGACUAUCGCCAAUCGGACAACUCUUACAUUCACUUCAAAUCAAUGCUAAUAAGUCUUUCGCUUCAGUUAUUAUUAUUGAUGUUUGAGUUAUUAGUUUGUGAUAAACUGGAAUCGGGCCGACACUUCUGGAUCUUGGCGUUCAUUCCUCUGGUGUUCAUCUCGUUGUUGUCGAUAGCGGUGUGCAUUUGGUCGCUCAAGAAUGACCGCGCCUUCGAGAUGGAGCUGUUCUGCUCCGUCAAUAUCUUGCAAUUCAUAUUCAUAGCUCUUCGUAUGGAUGCGUUCAUCACGUGGUCGUGGGUCCUGGUGUUUGUGCCCAUUUGGAUCAUCACAUGUCUGGCCAUUAUAGGCGUUCUCUACGCUCUCAUCUUUGCGGUCAUACUUUUACGGACGCCUGAAGUCGGGGCCGAACAGCGCCGACAAAGCCUUCAUUCGGCCAUUUCUUACUCUCUUAUCGUUUUACCACUUCUGGUGUUUUUAGUACUUUUAUCAAACAAAUUAGAUUCUGUCCACACAUCCAAUCCCUCACAAAUGGACUACUUUUCCACAUGUAUUCCCUUAUACUUCACGUUUGCUAUACUAUUAUGUCUUUCAUUUGGCAAUAAAGGCGGCAAUUUAUACAAAGACAAACACAUUGUCGAAGGUGUGGAUCCACUGGACAUGAAUAGUGAAGACUUUGGGUGCAAAUUGUGUACUGAUUGCUCAGAUGAGGACAUGAACACCCAGUUCUUCGCUUCUGGACCUUUCUAUGCGAUGGACUCUUCAGUUGAGACAAUAGGCUCUGAAGCAGAAACUCUGGUGGAAGUGAUGGACCGAAGACAGCGUUCAGACCAAUGCAGUGUCUUAUACGCGGAAAUGCCUCAUCUCUUUGACAAUAACGUGCAGUUGACUGAUGACGACAUCCCAGUCCACAAUACAUGCAAUGCGGACACCAUUUGUGACACUUAUCACACCAAUAGAUCCACUCAAUUGCGAACGUGUGUCGAACCUAACUAUCAAUUUGUUUGUUAUAAGUAUUGCUCGCCAUUAAGUGUGGGCCGAGUCUCGCAAUUGGAUCACCACUUAUACUAUAUAUCAAACAAUGAGCCAAACAUUGAGAGUGAGGCCGAGAUUAACGAUAAUCAUGAUAACAAUUAUAACCAUAACCAUAACAGUCAUCUCUCAUCACCACUAAUGUUGACGUUUUGCAAACAUAAUGCCAGAGAAGACGACACCACCACUCAUAGCACUCAUACCAACGAUUGUGAUAAUGAUUUGAACGAAUCGGUUGAUUGUGUCCAAAGAGCGACUAACUAUACGACUGUCAUUAAACCGAAAGCACUUCGACCACAACUGGCAAUGGAUGGCCAUUCAGUGAUCCACACAAAUGUAUGGCCAUUAAUACCUUCAACGCUUCCAACGCUUUCAUUUCAUGGCUCGACUCAUGUGUUGACAGAUAAGGAUGAGUCCGCUUUCACACAAAUAUCCCGCAGGAGAUCCAACUCUGAGGCCACACAUUAUUAUCAGUCACUUAACAAUGAGAAUGAGAUUCCUUCGAGAAGUGAUGCACACUAUAACCGUCCUCUUCGACCACAAAGAAGUAAAUCAGUUAAUAAGACAUACAAUAAUUGUGACCAAAGUUUGUUUGAUUCGCACACAAAUGAUACCAAAAGAUAUUACUUAUCCAAUAAGUAUAGAGAAAAGUGCAAUGAAUGCAAUGAAUGGGAUGACGACAAACAUUUGAAUCAAACUUCGAUGCAAUCUUCGGAACCCAUUCACAUGACACUCGAAGAAGUGAGACAUUUCUUUUCCAACAAUCCAACUAAAUGUUUGACAAAACAUAAGCCAAACACCAAUGAUAUUGACGACAGAAAUAGUUUAAGUAAAUCAAAGUCAAAGUCAAAGAUCAAGUGUGCGAUUGAGAGUCUUUUUAGAAGUAAACGCAAAUCUGGUUCUCCUGUACUUUGCAAUCAAUACAAUACUAAUGAACCAGAAUUUAUGGACCAAAAUUCAAGUAAAGGAUUGCAAGAAUGUGUUACCAACAUGUGUUUAAAUGACAGUACGAGCCCUUUCACUCAUAGAGCCCUUCCGCCCCUUCCACCCCUACCCUCUAUUGUCACUCCCCUCACAAAUGCUGAGCAAUUGCUCGCCAUUGACAUGGAUGUGAAGGAUGACGAACGCCAGAAGUUUCUGGACUACGCGGCCAGCAUUGAACGAGUUAAAGAUUGCGGUUGGUAUUGGGGACCAAUCAGUGGUUCAAUGGCCGAACAACUGUUGGAGUCCGAGCCGUGCGGUUCAUUCAUUGUGAGGGACAGUUCUGAUGAGCACUAUAUCUUCAGUUUGACAUUUAAAUUGAAUGGCUUAGUGCGUCACGUGCGCAUUGAACACGACCAAGGAAACUUCAGUUUUGGUUCCCUUCAGAAGUUCAAAAGCAAUACAAUCGUCGACUUCAUCGAGAAUGCUGUCCAACACUCGAGAAGCGGUCGGUUUCUGUUUUUCCUGCACAGGAGACCAGUGAUGGGACCAAUGCGUGUCCAACUCCUACAUCCCGUCUCACGAUUCAAACAAAUACAAUCACUUCAACACAUGUGUCGUGCGAGCCCAUUCACUCACAGAGCCCUUCCGCCCCUUCCACCCCUACCCUCUAUUGUCACUCCCCUUACAGAUGCUGAGCAAUUGCUCGCCAUUGAUAGGGAUGUGAAGGAUGUGAAGGAUGACGAACGCCAGAAGUUUCUGGACUACGCGGCCAGCAUUGAACGAUGCGGUUGGUAUUGGGGACCAAUCAGUGGAUCGAUGGCCGAACAACUGUUGGAGUCCGAGCCGUGCGGUUCAUUCAUUGUGAGGGACAGUUCUGAUGAGCACUAUAUCUUCAGUUUGACAUUCAAAUUGAAUGGCUUAGUGCGUCACGUGCGCAUUGAGCACGACCAAGGAAACUUCAGUUUUGGUUCCCUUCAGAAGUUCAAAAGCAAUACAAUCGUCGACUUCAUCGAGAAUGCUGUCCAACACUCGAGAAGCGGUCGGUUUCUGUUUUUCCUGCACAGGAGACCAGUGAUGGGACCAAUGCGUGUCCAACUCCUACAUCCCGUCUCACGAUUCAAACAAAUACAAUCACUUCAACACAUGUGUCGGUUUGUGAUCUUAAAGCACGUGCGCCGGGAUCUGAUUGAAGGACUGCCGUUGCCUAAAAUGCUUAAGACUUAUUUAAAUACUCCCUAUUAUUAUUCAGAAGAAUUAGCGCUUAUGAAUGAAGGAUCAAACUCUUCACAUUUCAACCAUCAAGGAUCGCAACGAGAGCUAACAACAUCUCCAAAUACUAGUCAAUCACUAACUUAA